GUUCCAGAAAAGGCAGCGAAAAAGUCGAUAGAAAAAGGAACCGCUUCCGUGUUGUUUUUAGCUGUGUUAUUGUGAUACAGAAUAACGGCGUGAGGUGAAUCGAGGAAAAUAAAUCGCCUUUUAGAAUGUGUUUUUAAACACUAGUCAAUACCGACAGCUUAUAUUUCAGAAAUGUCGUUACACCAAGGGUCGAAGAAAAAGGACAAGCGAAUUCUGUCUGGCAGCUGCCCGGACCCCAAGUGCCAGGCGAGGCUAUUCUUCCCCGCGUAUGGCUCCGUGAGCAUUGAAUGUACGGAGUGUGGGCAGCGCCAUGAGCAGAAGAAUCUGAUAAAUGUGGAGGAGGUUACGGAUCCAGACGUGGUGCUGCAUAAUCUUCUGAGAAAUGCUCUUCUUGGGGUGACGGGAGCUCCCAAAAAGGGAACCGAGUUGGUGAAAGUAAUGGGACUUUCCAACUAUCACUGUAAGUUGCUUUCUCCUAUUCUCACGAGGUAUGGCAUGGAUAAACAGACAGGCAAAGCCAAGCUUUUAAGAGACAUGAACCAAGGCGAGAUGUUUGACUGCGCUCUGCUAGGUGACAGGGCUUUUCUCAUUGAGCAGGAGCACGUGACUACAGUGGGCUAUGGUAAGGACCGCUCAGGGAGCCUCCUUUAUCUCCAUGAUACUCUGGAGGAGAUCAAGAAAGCUAACGAGAACCAGGAGUGCCUUAUUCCUGUGCAUGUGGAUGGGGAUGGUCACUGCUUAGUGCAUGCAGUGUCAAGGGCACUAGUCGGAAGGGAGCUUUUCUGGCAUGCUUUAAGGGAAAACUUGAAACAUCACUUUAAGGAGAAUUUGGACCGGUAUAAAGCUCUUUUUCAAGACUUCAUUGAUGCAGCAGAGUGGGAGGAUAUCAUCAACGAGUGUGACCCCCUCUUUGUUCCUCCUGAAGGGGUGCCACUAGGACUACGAAAUAUUCACAUUUUCGGUUUAGCUAAUGUGUUGCACAGGCCAAUUAUUCUUCUGGAUUCCCUGAGUGGAAUGAGAAGCUCUGGAGAUUACUCAGCCACUUUUCUUCCUGGCCUUGUGCCUGAAGAGAAGUGCAUGGGCAAAGAUGGGCAAUUAAAUAAGCCAAUUUGCAUAGCUUGGAGCAGCUCAGGUCGCAACCACUACAUUCCUCUUGUUGGAAUAAAAAACACACGUUUGCCUAAACUGCCUUCUAAACUUCUCCCAAAAGCUUGGGGAGUGCCACAGGAGCUCAUUAAAAAGUAUGUCAAGUUGCAGGCUGAUGCGAGCUGUUUAAUUGGAGGAGACAGAAGUUUACAAGACAAGUACCUUAUGCGAUUAGUCAGUGCGAUGGAGGAAGUCUUCAUGGACAAACAUGGUAUUCAUCCAUCUCUGGUGGCAGAUGUUCAUCAAUAUGUAUACAGAAGGACUGGUGUUAUAGGAGUACAACCAGAGGAAGUUACUGAAGCAGCAAGAAAGGCAGUAAUGGAGAAUCGCCUCCACCGUUGCCUGAUGUGCAAUGCAUUGUCAGAGCUUCAUGUACCUCCAGAGUGGCUUACUCCUGGUGGCAAGCUGUACAAUUUGGCCAAAUCCACACAUAGUCAGCUGAGGGCUGACAAAAACUACAGUUUUCCUCUAAAUAAUCUAGUUUGCUCUUAUGAUCCUUCAAGGGAUAUCUUGGUGCCUGAUUACAAGCUGAGUCAUUUAAAUGCCUGCAACUGGUGUCAUGGAACAUCAGUGCGUCAUGUGCGAGGUGAUGGGUCAGUUGUGUACCUAGAUGGAGAUCGGACUAACACCAGGUCACAGGGGGGUAAAUGUGGUUGUGGAUUUAAACAUUACUGGGAUGGUAAGGAGUAUGAAAAUCUACCUGAGGCUUUUCCAAUCACUCUAGAAUGGAAUGGGAGAGUAGUCAGAGAAACUGUGUACUGGUUCCAGUAUGAAUCUGACACUUCCCUCAACAGUAAUGUUUAUGAUGUUGCAAUGAAACUCGUCACCAAACAUUUUCCUGGAGAGUUUGGGAGUGAGAUAUUGGUGCAGAAGGUUGUAAACACUAUCUUGAAUCACACUGCCAAAAAAAACCCAGAUGAAUAUACACCAGUGGCUAUUGAUGGAGCACAUGCCCAACACCAUGAAGAUGCACAGGAAGCACAAGCUACUAUAGAUGUCCAGCCUCCUACCAAGAUAAUCUUAACUGGCCAGAAAGCCAAGACUCUCCACAAAGAGGAGCUAACAAUGAGCAAGACUGAGCAGAAUAUUCAGCAAAAUAUUGCUGAGCAUGCCUCAGUAUUGCAGAAGAAAAGAACUGACAAGUUGAAACAGGAGCAAAAGGGGCAGGAAAGACCAACAUCUCCAGGACCAGCACAACCCAGAGGAACUCCUUCGUCGACACCAUCCACACCUACAAAAACUUCAUAUUCCCCAAAAUCUAACAAGGAGAAGAAAAUUCGGGUGACCACCAACGAUGGACGGCAAGCCAUGCUAACCUUGCAGACAGAGACCACAUUUUAUGAACUUCAGAGAAGUAUUGCCAAAGAGUUCCGAGUACUGCCUGACAUGCUGUGCAUUCGUUUUGGCUUCCCUCCUAAAGAGCUACUUCCCCCUGCUGAAGGAAUGGAAAAUGAACCUGUUCCACUGCAGCAUGGAGACAGAGUCACUGUGGAGAUCCUCAGGGAUUCCAGAGAGGAAGAUGAGCCACGUGAUGCUCCUGAGCCUUCACACCACUCUAUCAAAAGUGAUGGAUCUGCAACUGCUAGUCGUACAGCUUCCAGGGAGUUCCAGGACAGCAUUGACCUAGAGAUGUCUUCUCUAUGCCUUCUGGCAACCCUAAUGGGAGAGGAUGUCUGGUCCUAUGCAAAAAAACUGCCACAUUUAUUCCAGCAUGGUGGAGUUUUUUACAACAUUAUGAAGAAAGAUAUGGGUUUAGUGGAUGGUAAGCACUGCACAUUGCCACAUAUGCCUGGCAAGACCUUUGUCUACAACGCGGCAGAGGAUCAACUAGAACUUUGUGUAGAUGCCGCUGGUCAUUUUGCAGUGGGCCCUGAUGUAGAAGAUCUGGUAAAGGAUGCACUGAAUCAGCUCAGGUCAGAAGCAGCUUCUCGAAGUCGAGAGGGCAGUCCCUCGCAUGGUGUUCUCAAGAUUGGAAGUGGAGGAGUGGUACGGAAAAAAUCCGAGCAAUCUCAUAAUGUCCUGGCAUUUCAGGGGAAAGGUCACUCACUGGGAUCUGCUUCUAGCAGCUCACCUCCUGAUUUAAAGUCUAGAGAAAAGCAAAUCACUAGGAAGCAUAGCAGUGGAACUGAUUUGAGUGGUAGCAUUUCCAAGUCAGGAGCUUCCCUAGCAGAAAUUUCUGAUGACGCCAAAGAGCUUAUUAGAAUGGCUCCUGGGUUUGUAACAACAAAAGAUGGAAGGUAUCUGGAUCCAAAUGUGGUUGAAGCUCAACGAAAAAAACUUCAGGAGAUGGUUUCCUCUAUUCAGGCCUCAAUGGAUAGACAUUUGCGAGAACAAAGUGUUAAAGACUUUUUACCUGGUGAUCCUUCUCCCAAAAAAACAGAUUCUGGAAGUUUAGCAAGUAGGACAAAAAAUAAUCAAACAAGUACUUCAGGCUCUGUUCAGGUCACUGGUGUCUCAGAGAUGUCGGGCAUAGGCAGAGCUCACAGUGAAGACAUAAUAUUUCCCUCUAGUACAACAAGUAAAAUUCAGGGGGAAAAUGUUGUGAAUGAGGAACUGGAAGAAAUGGAUAGUCAGGAUGCAGACGUGCACAGUUCUUCUGAGCCAAUGGAUCAUUCUUGAUUCAAAGCAUGGUAUGAAAACAUGUAUAGGGGGCCUGAAAACUACAAUUUCCUUACAAAAGUUAAGGAUGCUAUUGUAGCCAGGUCAUCUGGUUGUAUUAAAACACAGAGAUCUGAUGUUAUAAAUUCUCAUUUACUGCAUGGCAGCAAGUGUAAAAUUGGUAGUGCUAUCUGCCUAAAUGCUACCCAGGCUGAUUUGGAAAUUUCUGUAUAUAAGACGUGCACUGUGAGAAGAAACAGAAUAAAAUGAUUACAUUUGUAAUAUAAUUGGAACUCAUUUACAUACAAAUGCACCAGCUAAAAUUAAACAUUCACUUUCAAAAACUGGGGCCAUUGAGGCUUAUAGUGAAAGAAGACCAAUGGGGAUAACAAAGAUCUUAAGGUAUUAGGCUAAUAUUCGUAGGUCACAGGCUACACAUAUAACACCCUUCAUUUAGACUUCUGUGAAUCAUAUGCACCUGAUACAUACCUCUGAUGUAACUCCAUCUGACUUUUAGUAAAAUCAAAAGAAAUUUUUUUUGACAACCUGUUAAAAUGAUACACUGGAGGUUGUAAGAAAUGGUUUGGAUGGAAUCUGUAUGUACGAUUAGAUCUUUAGUAACGCUUGUUGACUGUUAUAUUUGUUAGAGCAGAUUAGUUUCAGAAGGAACAAAGUUAAGAUUAUCAUUAAUAAUAGUUUUCAUCAUUCAACUUUUGCAUGCGUCUCUUUUAACAAUUUCCCUGUAAUUCUAUUAAGAUAUUUUAUUUGUUUGUAGUUAUGUUGCCAUUUUAUGCUUGCUUAUAUAAAUCUUAGUUACCAUAUAGGUGGGUGCAGCUGUUGUCAAUAGGGAGUCAUGCAGUGAUCAUAUAUUGAUAACUGCAACUGUGUUUGCAGCAUCUGUUCACAAAAUAAUACAGUAAAGAAAUGUAUUCAAACUUUUCAAAUAAUCUAAAAGAUCACUUGCUUAUAUCGUCCAUAUUUACUAAAAGGUUUUGUCAAGAUUUUCAGUUUACAGAAUAACGUUUAGAGCUUUUUACUUUGCUGUCAUAUUGCAGAGUACUGACACUGUUCUCUCAUGUAGGCUUGUUACUUCAAUUUCCAGUACUUUUAUAAUGUGCAUUGCAGUGCUGCCAUUUAACUUUACUGCUGCUGACUUAAUAAUGAUUUAAAAGUAGAUCAUAUAUGUUCAAAGCAGAUUUUGUCAAACACAAUUUGGUUUUAUUUUUAAAAAAAGCACUAGCUUUUCAAAAUAUACUGAGCACUUAAACACAAGACUCUUUUUAGUUACCUAUUUUAAAGCAAACAGAAGCUCAGGGGUGUAAACAAGUAGAAAUGCAAUAGAAGCUCAGAGAUGUACAAUCUCUGGUAAUAAAAUGCAUUUCUAAACGUAUAAACUUUCCAGUGUGGGUUUAUUUUAUAUAUACACACAUACAAAUAUAUAUGAAUCAAUAUAUAUAUUGCUGUAUAAAAUACAUACACAUAUAGUACAUGCUACUGUACAUAGACAGGAGAUGUGUGUAUAUAAUACAGAUACAGCAAUUUAAAAAUAAAAACAAUGUGUUCAUGAGCUUGACCAGGGUGUAAUAACAUCUCAGUGAUAAUAUCUAGUUAUCUAUUUGUUCCAGAGCAUUUAAUGAACUAAAGAUCAUAUGCAUUUUGUUACAUCAACUGUUUUUUUCUGUUGCCUUAAAAAGAUCUGUACAUUUAAGGAUAGUAUAAAUAUUGACUGCUGUUAUUCUUUGUACAAGUCGUGUUUUUUUUUUCUUUUUAAAUAAACACAAUGUUGCAUGAUAUUUAAUUUACUUGAAAGUAUUGCAAGCAAACUAAAAUUAAUAUUAACUCUUCUGAGCCCUGACAUGUUUUGUUUUUAAAAUAGGUGAUGCUAUUUUUCUGCACUUUUAAUAUUAAUAUAAGCCGAGUGGUGCAACUGCAAGUGUGAACCAAGUAUUUUACAACAAAAAGUUGAGUGUGGUAAGUAGGCUUUGCAUUACAUGCUAGUGUCAUCCCCAUCUAAGUGGUUAUGCCAACAAGAUUUUCACAUUCAGAGUAUCUACUGAGCACUUAUACAAUCAGAACAUUAGCUACCCACAGUGGGAAGAUAUGCAUAUGAUCUUUACAAUGUGGAAGUCCCUCUUAGCAUUUAAGACUGAGGCUAAGCAAUAAAUUUAAAAACAAAAAGUUUUUAUUUGCGAUAUACCAUUUGACGUUUUGUAUUUUGAAGAUGAAACUGAAAGCACUUUUGAGAGGGAUUAUUUCUGUUGAAACUUCCAUAAAUAAGCCGUGAUAGUGUACAUAUACAGUAUAAAGUUCAGUUAUAGAAAAUAGUAUAUAUUGUCAGCUUAAAAGAAAAAUAUGGAUAGUAUAUACUUACCUAGUCCAGUCAACACUGUUUAUUUCCAACAAGCUGAAGUUUGUUUCUCUUUGUGACUGCUGUACUAAUAAUUUAUCUGUAAUGUAAUACCAGUGUAUUAUAAUAGUAUAUAUUGUACUAUAUUUUGAUUUGUACAGAAAUUGAGGUUUCCUGUUUUUUUUUUUUUCUUUUCUUCUUUGAUUGCUAAUAAAAUGAUUGAAGUUACCAAGACUAUGGUACUGUUGUCAGCAUGUGUGAUAUUUUUCUGAUUUAGUGCAAUAAAGUAAACUGCUUCACAAGAUAA